CCCGGCCUGGCCGCGGUUCCCGGCUCGGCCGCAGGCGUCCCGGCCCCGGGCCUGGCGGCGGCGAGCAGCGCCGCGGCCCCUUUCCCGCACGGCGACUCGGCCCUCAACGAGCAGGAGAAGGAGCUGCAGCGGCGACUGAAGCGCCUCUACCCGGCCGUGGACGAGCAGGAGACGCCGCUGCCCCGGUCCUGGAGCCCGAAGGACAAGUUCAGCUACAUCGGCCUCUCGCAGAACAACCUGCGGGUGCACUACAAAGGUACGGGGCGCGGGGUCCCGCGGAGAGACCCGACGGUGCGGGGCGAGGCUCGGGGCCAGGGAAGGUGA